AUGGAACCGACGUCAUCCUCACAGGCUGGAUCCUGGAAGGCUUACAAGCUUAUUAAUGAUCCAGCUAUUCAUGGACCAGGAGGAUUCGGCAAAGUAACCCGCUUCGAUGGCGUUUCAUUCAAACCCGAAGGCUACCCUGGCCAGAUUCCUUCAAAUCCGCGCGACCCGCGACCCCCCACUUUUGGCUUUUCGGAAAAUAAAGAAAUCCUCGAUCUUCCCGUCCCUCGAUUCGUGAUUGAUGCAAAUUAUGUCGGCCCCGUUCCACCGCGCAUGGUGACGCUUUUCUGCCUCAACGACAACAUUCAGGACAGCUUUUUAAGACAAGAAAUACAGCUUCGCAUGCCAGAACUAAAGAAGAACAUGAAAGAAAUCGAAAAACUCAAGAUCUAUUUCUCGGACAAUGGACGACAUCUUGGACUAGCAAAAGUUUCCUUCCGAACUGUUCGGCUAGCGAAGCGAUGCGAAUCGAAGCUCAACGGUGUUCAAAUGAUGGGCUCCAAAAUUGGCGCUGUUAUUGAUCCAAAGGGGGAAAUUCUAGCAAGACUGAAGCAUGAUAUUGAAAACAGGCGCCUUGAUCGAUACAACAUUUCUGGCAGCGUUAUUUCUAAUAUUCAAAAUUCAUUCAAAUCACAAGGCAACGGAAACGGAAAACAGUUAAUGCAGCAAAAAAUUGCUGACAAUAGUAUGAUCCAAGAGCUGAAGAACGAAUUCGAUCAAACUCAAGUUUCAUCUGACGAAGGAACCCCUUUAGGUGAUGAAACACCAACUGAAGACGACACGCCAUAUCAAGAAUCAAACGGCCACGAUAGCCACGAGAUUAAAAUAGUAACUCGUAACAUGCCACAAAGUUGGGGAGCGCCAACUCAACGAGAGCCGCCUCGAAUGGAAAAUUCCGGCUUUGGAAACAACAAGAACUUAUCAACGCCAAACGGACGGUACCAUCAUUCACCCGAUGAUAGAAGGUACAAAGACUCGUACAGUAGCUCGAACUGGGACGACGAUAGAAGGAAUAGAAGAGAUCGACACUCUGAAUCGAAAUCGUCAUGGGACGAUCAUCGCUCUCACAGAGAUGACCGGAGAAGAGAUAGAUACGACUCUUACAGCAGCUCCAGAGACAAGCGAGAUCGUGAGCGAAGAUCGAGACAUUCUGGUGGAUCAAAGACCCGUGACGACGAUUACUCAAACGGCGAUAAAUCCUGGGAUCGUCAUAGAGCGCGCGAUCGGCAGGAACGCGACUUGCGAGUUCCCGAUCACAACUCAUGGAGCAACAAUGAGAGCAAUCACAUUGACAACAGAUACAGCCAAAUGAACUCCGACCAUGGCUGGGGAUCAAAUGGAAACUACCACAGCGAGAAAUCGCAGGCGCAUGAUCCAUGGGCUCGCCACGACAACGAAAUGAAGCGCAUCCCUUCCUCUGAGGGGCGACCUUACAACUCCCAGCACCAUCAAAGUGAAAACGUAAACAAGCCCAAUAAUAAUGUACAGAACAGCAACCAUUCUACCAUGCUCGAAAAGGUGAAGCCACCUGCCGAUGGCAGCACUGAGGACAUGGAGAUUUCCGACGAAGAAGAGGAGGGAAAAGAAGAGAAGCGCAAGCAAGAGUUGUACGACCAGUUUGUGCGCAAGACCAUUUACUUGCUGGGAAAUGGAAUGACGCAGAACAUCCAGAAGGACAUAAUCAAAAUUUUCGAGCGUUCGAUCAUCAACAAAUACAAUACUUGGUGGCAAGAGCAGCAAGAGGCCGAGGCCGAAAAGAGUCGUAUACAAGCAGCAAACAACCUCCGCCCUGAACCCGUGCAAUCUCGUGUUUUUAAUCCAAAUAUGGACCCUGGUUCGCUUAUUCCCAAAUUGCCCAGCUUCAGUCUCAAACGAAAAAUUAUACGCCAGACUGAUCCAGCGGAUCCGUCAACUCAGGUUGAGUCCGAAGAGCCGAAAAAAGCCAAACAACCUCAAGAAGAACCACAUGUUCCCCCGCCUCCGAGCUCUUCUGAAGACGAAGUCACUGAAGACGAGUCAGAGCGAGAUUCUCUCAUCUCGGAGGAUGAUAAAUUGGAGAAUUUCGACGCGCCUUCCGCUCCACAAGACAUACGGCCUAGUACACCGCCACUUAUAGAAACCUAUUGCAAUCCGGAAAAACUCGCAUACGACAAGAAGUCAAAAGUUUUCUUGCAAAGGACAGAAGAGGAAGAAGAAAAGCUCCUCGAGGAACCGACCAGAACCGAUGUUGAAGAUCUCAAGUAUUUGCGCCAAGAGCUCACGAGAAGGAGAUUAUUGCUUCCAAAAUGGAAGCCUCAUCCACCUGUGGAGACGAGAAAGAAGGAUAAAUUAUCAUCUGGAUGUGCCCGAACUGAGGGGUACUUUAAAUACACCUGGGAAGAAAAGCUCCAGAUGCGUCUUAAACUACAUCGUCUCGGUCAAUUAAUCGAUCUGAAACCAGAGGCAACAUCUUCCGGAACCGACGCCGCUGGGCGAAAAGAAGCUGUCCAGGCGACCGAUCGAGAAACGAGGAAUUAUCACAGAAGAGUUGCCGAUGAAUUCUCGGAGUCAACGAUGAUGAGAUACAAUCAACUGACGAUGCGGAAGAAGAAGGUCAAAUUCAUGAAAAGUGCUAUUCAUGGAUGGGGCUUAUUCGCUCUGGAAGAUAUUCCAGCCGAUGAUUUCGUGAUCGAAUACGUCGGUCAAAAGAUCCGCAUCGGUAUCGCCGACGUCCGGGAACGAGAAUAUACAAAAUGUGGAAUCGGCUCCUCGUAUUUAUUCAGGCUCGAUACGACGCACGUAAUCGAUGCUACUAAACACGGAAGCUCUUCUCGUUUCAUCAACCACUGCUGUGUGCCAAACUGCAUUGCCAAAGUGAUUACCGGGGCGGAUGGCGAGAAGAAGAUCGUUAUCUACUCCAAGGUCCCUAUUCCCAAGAACGCGGAAGUAACGUACGACUAUAAGUUCCCCAUCGAAGACGAGAAGAUUCGCUGCCUCUGCUUCCACGAGAACUGCCGCGGCUAUCUCAACUGA